CAGGCGUCGAGGCUCGGAGUGUCUGCGGUGACUGCAGAUCUUCCAUGUCAGGUCUGAGGAGCGAGGGACCCGGGAGAAGGACCAGGGACAAGCGGUAACACCUGCAGAGUGCGGCGCUCAUCUGUGGAACAGGGAGCGGGAAUGGAGCAGAGCUGAUCCGACUGAUCACUGACACUGCGCCGGUGCCACCUGCCUCCGUCUGCUCCGUGUCUGCGGCGCUCAGCCUGAACGCGCCCAGGAUGGAGUAGUGCAGCCUCCGCAGGAUGCGCUCAAGCUCCAAGCAACAGCGACAGAAGCGGAAGGUAAAGCGGAAGAAACGUGUGUCCAGUGUUUGUCCCCGAGCGGCGAGGCGGACCCACAGCCCGGAUCCGUUCCCCGCUGCCGGUGUCAGAGCCGGAGCUUGUGCCGGUGUGUGAUGGAGAGCUCCGGUGGCUCGGAGAGAGCGCACGGGCCGCAGCUCGAGAAGAAGCGGCUCAACAGAGCACCGUCCCCAGCCAGACCCUUCAUCAAAGAUGUUCACUCGCGAUCCACCAAAUCCUCACUUGUGCCCAAGUCUCCAAAACUGACCAAACAGUCUCCUGCGGUGCCACUUGCGCAUCCGAGCCGUAACUCCAGACGCACGGCUACUGCGGCCAAAGACAAGCCUCCUGCCGCAAAGACUGCCCCCAGAACCCCGGCCAAGAAGAGCCCCAAGGCCUGCCCCAAACCAGAGCCCACCAGCCCGGUCCUUCUUGCGGUCCAGAAGGUCAAACACGCGCAUGGAUCCCCUAUCCGCGUGCCCACUGGCGCUGAUAACGUCCGCGUGGCCGCAGCAGCGGGCAGCAGUUCGGACCUAUCGGACUGCUCGGCCCCGGAGUCUGGCACCGGCUCCAGUGACCGGGAUAAUCCACAGGCGCGCGCACCUGCCGCUGGCACCGGAGCCUCUGUCGCUCUUCGCGCUGAGCCGCCCGGUGCCAGAAGUAUGCCCCAGCCUCAGCCCAACAAAGUCCCGGUGGCCCCUAAAGAGGCCCCCGAGGAGGAGUUGCUGCGGGAGAUAGAGGACCUGCGCUCUGAGAACGACUACCUCAAGGAUGAAGUGGAUGAGCUGCGUGCUGAAAUGGAGGAGAUCAGAGAUAACUACCUGGAGGAGGAGGUGUACCAGGUGCAGGAGCUGCGCAGAGAGCUGGACCGCUCCAAUAAGAACUGCCGGAUCCUCCAGUACAGGCUCCGCAAGGCCGAGCAGAAGAGCCUGAGGGUGGCACAGACUGGGCAUGUGGACGGAGAAUUGCUCAGGACUCUAGAGCAGGACCUCAAGGUGGCCAAAGACGUGUCCGUGCGUCUCCAUAACGAGUUGGAGGCGGUGGAAGAGAAGAGGAGCCGAGCGGAGGACGAGAACGAGGCCCUGAGACAGAAGAUCAUCGAGGUGGAGAUCUCCAAACAGGCUCUGACCAACGAGCUGGACCGGACCAAAGAGAUGGCACAGCGGAGGCGAGGAGGGAGAGACAGUUUCAAAGACAAGAAAUCCACAAACCAGGAGGACAGUGCAGACCUUCGCUGUCAGCUGCAGUUCGUCAAGGAAGAGUCCAGUCUAAUGAGGAAGAAGAUGGCCAAACUUAGCCGCGAAAAAGAUGAACUAGAACAAGAACUGCAGAAAUACAAGUCUGUUUAUGGAGACGUGGACAGCCCGUUACCGCUAGCCGAAUGCUCUGGAGGGGGCCCUCACUCCACGCGGGAGGCCGAACUACGUCUACGCCUCAAAUUAGUGGAAGAAGAAGCUAACAUCUUGGGUAGAAAGAUCGUAGAGCUAGAAGUUGAAAAUCGUAGCUUGCGCUCUGAAAAUGAAGACAUCCGUUGCCAGUAUGAACGUGAUUGUUUUGGUCGCGAACCGUUUUCAAGCAUGCCGUCUUCGCCAUACGGAGGAGACGCGCUAGAAUCGGCCAGCGAACUACGGCGCCACCUACAGUUUGUGGAAGAGGAGGCAGAGCUUUUAAGAAGAUCGAUAUCUGAAAUAGAAGAUCAUAAUCGGCAGCUAACAUCCGAAUUGAAUCGUUUUAAAUUCGGACCUAGCGGGAGUAGCACAAUAGGAGAAGAAAGCAGUGAAGCAGGAUUGUUUAAAAGCGGGAAUGGGUCUAGCUUAAUCAUGGAAGAGCUCAAAUCUGCGCGGAUACAGAUAAACGAACUUAGCGGCAAAGUCAUGAAGCUACAGUACGAAAACCGCGUGCUACUUUCCAACGUCCAGCGAUAUGAUUUGGCAGCUAACACAGGAACGCGCACAGCUAGCCCGAGGGAUAGCGACGCAGAUCAGGCAGCCGAAGAGGAAGAAGCUAACAGGCUAAUGCUACUACAGCCUAAACGUGAGGGCCCAAUCGGCGGGGAGAGUGAUUCUGAUGAUCUAUUUGAGAAAACUGGUACAACUUCUGGGUUUGGUAGUAUCAAACCUUCAGAUGGUAGCGAACUAAGUGCUAUUGAGCUAGCCAAUCGUAGGAGAGAGGAGAGGGAAUCUUUUAACAAUGUAAAACGGGAAGCAGAUAGGUUAGGCAAAACUGUGGAUAGACUUAUAACUGAUACGGAUAGCUUGGUGUACGAAGGAAGAUUAGUGGUAACAACUGGAGAAGCUACAGAUGCUAGCAGUUCUUCCACUUCCAAACCUGAUACUCAAGUUUUGGACACCAUAAACACGCGGAUGAAGGCGUUUCGGACGGAGUUGCAUAUUUUUAUGGAGAGAUUGGAGCACGUUGGAGAGGCGUUUAGGGACAGGACGGAUGAUCUUUCUCCCAUGCCGAAUCUCACGGAAUCCAGCAGCUUCCUGUCCACAGUCACCUCCAUGUCCCGGGAUUCGCCCAUAGCAACAUUUGGACGCGAUCUGGGCACUGACUUUCAGAUCCGGGACUCUUCGGUCUCUGAGGUUCACUUCAGACUGGACCCAGAACGAAGACUUAAGUCCAGCUCAGAAGAGGCAACCCUCUGCCUCACACAGGAGGAUGAGCGGCUCCGUGCAGAGGCUCAGCGCGGCGGUCUGCAGUUACCUGGGCUCCAGACUCAUGACUCAGGUUGGCCUCAGGAGAGAGCGGCCCUGCACCAGGAGCUCCGGCUCUUCAGGAGAAAUACCAUCAUACUGUACAUGAAGCUCAGGGCCACUCUGGCACAGUGGAGGAGCAGGCACAGGGAGGAGCCAGCAGAGGGCGCAACACAGCCAGAGUUGGAGAGACUGGAGGGGAUCCCAGAGCUGAGUGUGGAACAGGCAGAGACAGAACGCGACGACAGACUGAGUUUAGCCCACAGCUCAGGGGACGUCACAGAAACAGCGCCCCCUAUCUCCCUCCCCUCACCCGACCGGCACCUGCAGCACCAGAGACAGUUUGGUGAGAACAAGCGCCUCUUACUGGCCCUGCGCUGUCUGUUGGAGGAGUUUCGGGAGGAGCUGAGGGAGGAAGAGAGGAGGCGGGGGCAGCUUCAGCAGAGUUUCGCCAGUGAGAAGGCCGAGUGGGCAGUGAGAGAGACUGCGAUGAAGAGCCAGAUCACACAGUUGAAAGGAGAGGAGAGAGAAGCCGACGCAGACACAGACCAGGCGUUCAAGCAGGAGAGGGAGGAGCACAAGAGGUUGCUGUCAGAGAGCCACAGUGCCACCUUGGACCUGCGCUGGAAACUGCAGCAUGGCGAGAAGAGGUGGAGCCGCGAGAAGAGCGAGCUCAUGGACCAGUUUGAGCGUGAGAGACAAGAGUGGGACAGCAGCAUGAGGGAGAUGCACCGCAAGAUGGACCGGUUGCAGAGAGAGCUGACCUCCCGUCAGGCUGAAGGCGCAGAGAGCACCCCACUCAGAGCCUCCUCGCCUCCCCAAGAUAGCCCCAGUGUCGCCCCCAUCUCCUCUGCCCCUGCUCCCCCUCCUGCCCCCAUGCCCACCACACGCUCGCACUCCGACUCGGACACGGUGCUGGAAGAGCAGAGGGUGAAGGGUCCCUCUGAUAACCCGUUUGUGGAUGCUCUGACCCUGGACCCACUUAGCUUGGACGUCCCAUCAUCAGGACUGGAAAGUGAGAAGAGGUUCCCCUGCAUGAAGGAGGCCUUGAAUGAGCUUUCAGAGAGAGAAGGAGAAUCCUACCCCGAUGACGAGAUGGGAGGAGGCAGCCUGCUCAGGGCCAAGUCUGUCUGCUCCAUGAGUGACUUCCAACGUUUGAUGGACAGCUCCCCAUUUCUUCCGGACAAGGAUCGCCACAGUGACCGCGGUCCUGAUGACGUGACCCCGCCCCUUUCUCCCGACGACCUCAAAUACAUCGAGGAGUUCAACAGUAAAGGCUGGGAUUUCCCAUCAGCCCUUGCUUCAUCGGCCUCCGCUGCUCCUAAUUAUCCCAGGGAGGCGUGGUCCGAAAGAGGAUCUGAAUCUCACGGGAACGAGGGUCUGCUUGAUCCAUACACUCCGCCAUCUUGGUUUUUGACGACCAGCGCUACAUUGACCACAAGUACAAUGAGCAGCCCUGAGCACUGCCAUAGGACGCAAUUGAGAGGGCAUGGGGCGGGGGCAGUCGGAGUUGAGCAUUAUGGGUACUUGCACAGUCCAACCAGAGCAUCGCAGGGCAAUGGAAGAGGGUCCAAUUUGGGGGAUGAUGUUUUUAGCGCAGGGAGAUGGCAAUGCUCCGGGCUAAGAACUCCACCGAACCAGUCAAUUUGCCCGCCGGUUGGAUUCCCCUCUCCGUUAGAGCUGCAACUAUCCAGAAACUUGAGUGACGACAUGAAAGAAGUGGCGAUAUCUGUUCGCAAUGCAAUACGCUCCCCUCCUGGACCUAUACUCCGGGAUAUGUCCUGCCAAACAAACGGUUUCACCACUAGGGGGACCCAAACUACCCAAACGAUAAGCGUUGGACUACAGACUGACUUGCUACGAAACCUCACCAGCAGCCCACACCGCUGUCUUACGCCAAAAGGGGGCGGCACUCCCAUUUCGUCCCCAUCCCGCAAUACAAGGAAGGUGCAAUACUCUCCCGUCAUUCAAAGCAAAUUUGAGCGGCCAUGUUGCUCACCCAAAUAUGGUUCACCCAAACUUCAACGCAAACCAUCGUCAUCUAGCAAGACUGAUAUUGCGAAUAGCAGUACACGCGCACCUACGCCAACAACGCCACAAAAAGGGAACAGCGAAUCGGCAUGGGCGCGGUCCACUACGACACGGGAUAGUCCGGUACAUACCACUAUCAAUGAUGGGCUAUCUAGUCUUUUUAAUAUCAUAGAUCACACUCCAGUUAGCUUUGACCCCAUGCAAAAGUUCAACAAAUCCCCUAGCCGCUCGCGCCCCUCCGAACCAAGCCCCGUUCACGAACAUAGGACUCAACAAGACACCUCAAGGACAACUAGGGGGCGCUCUCCUAGCCCCGUGCAGCUAAUAGUGGAAACGCAUGGGGAUAGGAACUCGGAAGUAGUUAGCAUACGGCAGGAUUUGUCCGCGCCUCCAGGAUAUACGCUAGCUGAAAAUGCCGCAAGGAUUGUUAGCAAGAAACUUCAGGAAAGCUGUAGGGAGGAACGCAGACUUCAAGGGGGGCAGAGCGGUCAACGGGACAGCGGGAACAGGAUGUCGGAUUCGGAUAGGCAGCCCGGGUGUAUGGAGGACCUGCCUCGCUCGCCCGUGGCUCCUCCUCUGGACUCCUGUUUCCAUCGCCCGGCUCGACCUGCCAAUCGCCGCCCCCCUUCCCGCUGGGCCCGCUCCCCCUCCUCCUCCCCUAGAUGGAGCACAGGGACACACAUGCAGUUCACCUUUCCUCCAGCAGGGCGGCAACAGGCCAUAGUGGAGCCACAAGAGACAGUUUGAGCAAGUUAUAACUGUUUAUUCCCAAAAGGUUGCGUUCACGUUCUACGGUAUAAUAAUCUAUUGAAAUCUAUAUUUAAUAGUCUAUAUAACUCUA